CCGCCAUGAAAWCAAUAACAGAAGAAGAAGAGCAAGGGGCGGGGCUUCGGUCCGGAAAGCGGAAGCUAAUGGGCGCGCUAAACCAAGUUAAAACCGAGCAGAGGGAGAAAGUAACGCGAUGUCAUCUAAAAGCAGAGACAGAGAAGAACUACCAAUAAACUACCACAAGCAAGCGUUUGAGUACAUAUCCAAGGCGUUGAGGAUCGACGAAGACGGUGCAGCAGAUAAGAGAGAAGCURUGCAGUGGUACAAGAAGGGGAUCGCUGAGCUCGAAAGGGGCAUUUUUGUGGAGUUGACAGGAACAGGACAUCAAUAUGAGAGGUCGAAGAGGCUGCAGGAUAAAAUGAUGGCCAACCUCACCAUGGCUAAAGAAAGGCUUGCUGAACUGGAGGCCACGCUAGAGGAGUCUAAAAACAGAARUCCUCCCCAGUCCACGUCCGGUUCUGUUCAGCCACAGUCAAAGCCUAAUAUCCAGCCUUCAGCUUCCGGCUCGUCCACUAACCCCAGGCCCUCCACUGCUGUCAGACCCCAGACGAGACCCUCCGACCCAAAGGUGAUGCUCCGGACGGGAAAAGUUCACAACGGGAAGCCCACAGCUGUGAAGCAGCCCCCAAGGAGGGGCUUGAAAAACUUCAAGAAUGUGGACAGUAAACUGGCCAACUUGAUCCUGAAUGAAAUUAUUGACAGGGGGGCGUCUGUAUCUUUUAAUGACGUCGCUGGACAAGAUCUGGCUAAACAAGCACUUCAAGAAAUUGUCAUCCUUCCUUCUUUAAGACCAGAGCUGUUUACUGGCCUGAGAUCCCCUGCACGUGGUUUACUUUUAUUUGGACCCCCUGGGAAUGGGAAAACCAUGCUGGCCAAAGCUGUCGCUGCAGAGUCUAACGCCACGUUCUUCAACAUAAGCGCUGCUAGUUUAACAUCUAAAUAUGUAGGAGAAGGUGAAAAGCUUGUACGGGCUCUGUUUGCAGUUGCGAGAGAGCUACAACCCUCUGUCAUCUUCAUCGAUGAAGUGGACAGCUUGCUCUGCGAGAGGAGGGAGGGCGAACACGACGCCUCCAGGCGUUUAAAAACCGAGUUCCUCAUCGAGUUUGACGGGGUGCAGUCCGGAGGGGACGACAGGGUCCUGGUGAUGGGAGCGACCAACCGGCCGCAGGAGCUCGAUGAAGCAGUUUUAAGGCGCUUUGCAAAAAGAAUUUACGUGGCAUUGCCUGAUGAGAAGACCAGAUUGACUCUGAUGAAGAAUCUUUUGGGAAAACACGGGAAUCCUUUGAGCUCGAACGAACUGACUUACCUUUCAAAAGCAACCGAAGGGUUCUCAGGAAGUGAUCUGACAUCGUUAGCCAAAGACGCUGCUCUCGGACCUAUCAGAGAGUUGGGACCAGACCAAGUGCGAAAUAUAUCAGCUAAAGAGAUGCGUAACAUCAAGAUGAAAGACUUCGAGGACUCCCUGAAGCGCAUUAAACCCACAGUCAGCCCAGCCACUCUGAGCAUGUACACCAAGUGGAACAAAGAGUUCGGUGACACGACAACCAUUUGAGCUUUAUUUUUAUGUUUUAAGAGUUGGUCAAACGGAAUAAAAACCCUGCUGAAUGUUAGGGAGCUUGUAAUAUAUGAAUAUUUGGACAUUCUGGGAGAAUUAUUGGAUGAUUUUCAUGUUUUACGGACAGACUUCGCACUCCUUAUUUACUUUAUUGAGCCAAGAAAUGUUAUUAUUUAUAAUUAAACUGUUGCAGAAUAGAAUUAAUUUGUCUCGCUUCAGAAAAUAAAUUCUUACUGAACAUCGCUAAGGAAGUAGACGUGUUGAUUGUAUUCAUCACAAAAUGCUCUGUGCGUUUUAUGCAUCUAGAGUGAUUAAAAACUGGCUUCAGUAAUAAAUAUGUUUAUUAAAGUUUCGUCGACGUCA